AGGAAUGGCGACGUUGGGGAAGAUGAAGCUCGAUUCUGGGUGGCUGGCAGCUAGAUCGACGGAAGUGGAGGCAACCGGAGUGCAGCUCACCACUACUACGCCUCCCUCUGGUCCUUCGUCUCCCUGGAUGGAGGCCGCUGUACCGGGCACAGUUUUAGGGACGUUGUUGAAGAAUAAACUGGUUCCAGAUCCCUUUUAUGGAUUGAACAAUGAAGCGAUACUUGAUAUUGCUGAUUCUGGGAGAGAGUACUAUACAUUUUGGUUUUUCACUACAUUCGAGACUAAACUGAUGGAAAAUCAACAUGCAGCUCUCAACUUUCGUGGAAUCAAUUACUCAGGGAAAGCAUAUUUGAAUGGGCACGAAAGAAUCCUACCAAAAGGAAUGUUUCGAAGACAUUCUUUAGAUAUCACUGAUAUUCUUAACCCUGAUGGGAAAAAUUUGCUUGCUGUAAUUAUCUAUCCUCCCGAUCAUCCUGGAGCAAUUCCUCCUCAAGGAGGUCAAGGUGGUGAUCACGAGAUUGGAAAGGAUGUUGCUGCUCAGUAUGUUGAAGGCUGGGAUUGGAUGACCCCAAUAAGGGAUAGGAAUACUGGGAUUUGGGAUGAAGUAUCAAUUUCAAUCACUGGUCCUAUCAAGCUAUCCGAUCCACAUCUGGUUUCAUCAUUCUUUGAUAACUAUAAGAGAGCAUAUCUACACACCACGGUUGAUUUGGAAAACAAAAGUUCAGCGCCUGCAGAGUGUACCUUAACAAUCCAAGUGUCAGCCGGAUUAGAUGAAGAGAUUUUUCUACUAGAGCAUCAUCAUUCAUAUGAACUAUCUGUCACGCCUGGGUCCCUUGUGCAUUACACACUUCCUCCAUUAUUCUUUUACAAGCCAAAUUUGUGGUGGCCCAAUGGCAUGGGUAAGCAGUCACUAUACAACAUUGAAAUAAGUGUUGAUGUGAAAGGAUUUGGUGAGUCUGAUUCAUGGUCUCAUCAGUUUGGAUUUCGGAAGAUUGAGAGCACAAUAGAUCAGGCUACUGGUGGAAGAUUAUUCAGGGUAAAUGGCCAACGAGUUUUCAUCCGAGGGGGAAAUUGGAUAUUGUCUGAUGGGCUUUUGCGACUUUCAGCUAAACGUUACAUGACAGACAUAAAAUUUCAUGCAGAUAUGAACUUCAAUAUGCUUCGUUGUUGGGGAGGUGGAUUGGCUGAGAGGCCAGAAUUCUAUCAUUAUUGUGAUAUUUAUGGUCUGCUGGUUUGGCAAGAGUUCUGGAUAACGGGUGACUGUGAUGGAAGAGGCAUACCUGUAUCAAACCCUAACGGUCCAUUGGAUCAUAACCUUUUUCUUCUUUGUGCACAAGACACCAUCAAGCUUCUUAGGAACCAUGCUAGUCUUGCUCUCUGGGUUGGUGGAAAUGAACAAACUCCUCCAAAAGACAUCAACUCAGCUCUUAUGAAUUACCUAAAGCUACAUCCUCUAUUCAAGUUUUAUGAUGAAAAUUCCAAUGUUUGUGAAGAUUUAUCACAAGAAUCAACUGAUCCUAGUCAAUAUCUUGAUGGAACCCGUGCUUAUGUUCAAGGAUCAAUGUGGGAUGGUUUUGCAAAUGGGAAAGGUGAUUUUACUGAUGGCCCAUAUGAAAUACAAAAUCCAGAAGAUUUCUUCAAGGAUGAUUUCUAUCAAUAUGGUUUCAAUCCUGAGGUUGGAUCUGUGGGGAUGCCAGUUGCAGCUACUAUUAGAGCCACAAUGCCACCAGAAGGGUGGCAAAUCCCAUUGUUUAGAAAGCUCUCCAGUGGCUACAUAGAAGAAGUUCCAAAUCCAAUAUGGACCUACCAUAAAUAUAUCCCAUACUCAAAACCAGGAAAGGUCCAUGACCAGAUCGAAUCAUAUGGUCGCCCAAAGAACCUCGAUGAUUUUUGUGAAAAGGCACAACUUGUAAAUUAUGUACAAUAUAAAGCCCUCCUUGAAGGAUGGACUUCUCGAAUGUGGACUAAGUACACUGGUGUUAAUAUCUGGAAGACGCAGAAUCCAUGGACUGGUCUAAGAGGUCAGUUUUAUGAUCAUCUCCAUGAUCAAACAGCAGGUUUUUAUGGCUGCCGCAGCGCUUCUGAGCCUAUUCAUGUGCAGCUCAAUCUAGCCACCAACUGCAUUGAGGUAGUGAACACCACAUCAGAUGAACUGUCAGGUGUAUCCGUAGAAGUUUCAGUUUGGGAUCUUGAUGGUAAAUGCCCAUAUUACAAUAUUACAGAGAAACUUUCGGUGCCGUCGAAAAAAGUAUUACAGAUUGUCGAACUCAAAUAUCCAAAAUCAAAGAAUGCAAAACCGGUCUAUUUUCUUCUGCUCAAACUUUUCAGAGUGUCAGAUACAAGCAUUAUAUCAAGAAACUUGUACUGGUUGCAUCUGCCAGAUGGUAAUUACAACACGCUGGAGCAUUAUCGUGCAAAGAAAGUGCCACUGAAGAUUACUUCUCAAAUAUCUGCCACAGGCUCCACUUACAAAAUGCAGAUGAAUGUUCUAAAUAUGUCUAAGAACCUAAACUCUGGAAUCCUAAGAAAUCUGUUAGAUAAUAAGAAUUGGAGUGAUAAUCAGGAAAGCAGGUCAGUGGAUCAUGUUGAAGAACUUGAAGCAGCAAGGACUAAAAAUGGUGUAUUUGGUAGGAUUUGCAGUGCCCUCCAAUUCUCAAAACUGGAGAAAGGCUGGAGGGUGUUUGAAGUUACUGGAUCCGAGUCUGGAGUGGCUUUCUUCCUCCAUUUCUCUGUUCAUGCUGCAAAGAAGGUGGAAGAAGAAGCUGAUGACACUCGAAUCCUUCCUGUUCAUUAUUCUGAUAACUACUUCUCGCUGGUUCCGGGCGAGUCGAUGGCCAUUAACAUCUCUUUUGAGGUUCCUCAAGGGGUCACACCGAGGGUUGUUCUUCACGGUUGGAACUACCAUGGCCGUGAUUUCUAUGUCUGCUGAUAAUUAGUAAAUCUCUAUCCUUAAUUUAACUUAUUGGUUGCAGAUUGCAAUGUGCGUGUUAUUCUUAUGAAACAGAUAAUUACUAGCAAACUAUGGUUGCUUUUAUCUCUCUUUGACUCUGAUCUUAGAAUGGUUUGCAUGCAUUGUGGAAGGGUUUAGCUUACUGGUUAAAUGUACUUUUUUUAAUAAGAGUUUUCAUGCUUUGAACGUGCAGGAAAAAAAAAGUUGUAUUUGGAUGUUUUAAUAGCUAUGAUAAGAUUG